GAAAAGGUUCGUUAGCCAAGAAAACGCGGUCAAGAUAGAACUAAACCGCAAAAACGUGUGAGUGAGUCCAAGUGAAAGUAUCUGAAAGCCAUCGCAUUGAAUGCAAAAUAAUUGAUUGCAACUCAUCAGCAUGCGCAGGAGAAAGAAAUGUCCAAUGAAAAUGCAAAAGAAAGACUCAAUUCAAUACAAUUAAAGUGAGAGCGCCCGGAAAAGUGGGCAAACAUCAUGUUGUUAAUGUUGUGUUCGUCAAGUGUUCUGUGUUGUUGUGUUGCUCCUGCUGCUGCUUAUAUAAUAUUAAGACGCUCCUAACAAAAAGAAAAAUAAGCAAAAAAAAUACAAAAAGUGCCAAGUGUGUAUUCGAAAAGAAAACGAAACGAAAUCUCCAAAUAAGCAAUAUUUCGACUAGCCAUCAGCAAAAUACUUAUAAGCAAAGGAAACUAAGGAAAAUAAGAAAAACUAAAGCAAAGGCAAAGGAUUAGAGAAGGACAGUCAUGCCCUUUGGUCGGAAAUCACCGCUAGAGGCAUUGGCCCUGCCCGGUGUUAUGUUGGCCUAUAAAUACAGCCAAUUUCGCCAGCGAAGACGCGAGGCAGCCAGCCGACGGGUCACCGAGCGCGAACUCUCGGCGCUGCAUCAUAAAAUCGACAAACUGUUGAGUAAACUGGAAGAGGAAAGCGAACCAGAUCCUCCCACAUCCCAGGAAGAUGAGUGCGUCAUUUGCAUCAAUGCUCGAGCCACCAUGCAAACCUCGCCGUGUGGCCAUCGAGUCGUCUGUCGUCGCUGUUUCGUCAAGACCAUACAAAGUGCCGUGGCCCAGCGUCUGCUGCCGCUGCGCUGUGUCAUCUGCAGGGCCAGAGUGAAUCGUCUGACCUCCUCAUCGGGCAGCUGGCGUAUACAGGAAUCGGCCAGCAGCUAUUCCAUGGGUGCCAAAAGCUGGGCCUCGGCUGGUGUGGCUGCUGGCGGAGUUGUGGCCUCUGCCAGCUCCUACUCCAUGAACGAUGCCCACAGUGGACAUCAUGCCUUCCAUCAGCCCACUUUGCACAAAUCAGCGGGUGCUGGUGGCGUCGGCGGCGGCGGAGGUGGUGCAAUUGGACGAGCCCAUCGUGGCCCUCAUGGCCGGGUCUCGCAAUCGGAUAGCCUUUAUUCGAUGAGUUCUACAGGAUCAGCGGGAUCAUCUCUGUCUGGCUAUUCACAUUACUCCAAGACGUCUUCCAUAUCGAGCAGUGGUGCCUGCUCUCCAGCUUCACCAGCGGCUGUGGCAUUAGCCUCCGGCUCCCAUCAUUUGGCACCACCAUCGCCCACCACUCAUCAUCACCAUCAUCAUCACCACUCGCCAGCAACGGCAUCGCCAACGCCAUCUGGUUCAUCAACCAGUUCCCUGUCACCGCGUGACACCAGUGUUCAUCAUUCGCAUCACGGUGGCUGCCCCAGUGGUUGCUCCGGUGCAGUGCCUCGCAAACCCAUGCACACGCUAAACAACUCCAUUAAUCACACCAGUUCUUCGUCAAGUGGCAGUAGCAAUGGCAGUGCAGGGGGCAUAAACAGUGGCUCCAUGACUCCAAAUCCCAUACAUACCUAUCCGGGACGUAGACAUGUCAAGAGUCGCAUAUUGGAUCUGCAGAAUCGUUUGCCACCCAUCAAGGAGUUCCGCAGUCCAGCCAAAGUGCCACAUCCCUCACCAGUGCAUGUCAGCAAUCCCAGAUUUCGCUAUGCCUCAUAUACCAAAUCCAGUGUCCAUGAACUGGCUCCCUUGCUACGUGAAUCGUCAUCGCCGCCACAGACACGACGUCCCAGUCCCAUGAAUAUACAGCUAAGUUGCACAGCCCUGGCUCCGCCUCCAUUGAAGGCUGGCGGAGCCAAGAUAUGUCCGCUAACCACAAAGAAUUCGCUGCCGAAAAAUGCCUAUGUAAUGCCCAAGGAUAAUAAAAAGAUCUGCGGCGAUAGCAAGUCAAUUUCCAAGAACUCUCCACUGGCCUCCAAUUGCUCCUCAGCGAAGGCAAAGGCAAAUGGUCAGGCCUCAGCCUCCAUUUCAUCAGCGUCAUCCUCGUCGUCAUCAGGUGUAGGUGGAACAGGAACAUCUGGAUCUGCAUCCGCAUCCGCAUCCGCAUCCUCAUCCGCAUCUACAUCAGCUGCAUCAAAGCCACACUCCAGCUCUUCCACUCGCAGUUUUCCGCUCUUUGCGAGCACCAGCAAUCACAAGGAGAAAGCUGACAAUAAAAAGAAUGAAACCGUUGAGCGCAAAAAGAAGGAGGAGAAACUCAAGCAAAAGGCUGAAAAGGAAGCCAGAAAGGAGGAAAAACGCCUCGCCAAGGAGGAGGAACGUAUGGCGAAACUGCAUGCCAAGGAGGAGAAGAAACGUGGCAAAAAAGAGGCCAAGGAACUAUUAUUGGCAAACGAUGGCAAUAAUAAGAAAUAAAAUUAAUUAAUACAAAACGAUUAAAUAGAC